AUGGUCUUUCCUUGGCUAUUUCGGUCCCAACGGCAGCCUCCCGUGACCAUCACAAGCGAUACCAUCAUCCCAGUUCAUCGCUGGGACUACUUGAGUGAUGAAGCACAUACCGUGCCAGUCAUUACCUUCCAAUUCAAUGCAGUGCUUGAUCCGAUUGCUUUGUAUAAUGCACUGAAUAUCCUCGUGAGGACCGGAGACUGGCGCAAGAUUGGUGCGCGAAUCCGCAGAAAUGCAAAGGGUCAGCUCGAGUAUCAUAUUCCGAGCCACUUUGAUGAACAUCGACCAGCAUUUCAUUUCUCCAGUGUUCACCACUCCGGUCCUCUAGCAGAACACCCUUGUGCGCCUUCCUACCCAGCAGCAGAGACUGUUCGCCCAACUCUGGCUCGUGGCUGCACUUGGGAAUGUCUACCUCUAGUUAUGCCUGAGGGAACUCCACGCACCUUGAAUGACUGGCUCUAUUCUGAUCGUCCAUUGUUGUCUGCUCACGUGGUCACUUUUACGAGUCAUACACUGCUCACGGUCUCGUAUCCUCACGUCUUGAUGGAUGCACAAGGCUUGGCUCUGUUGCUCAAGGGCUGGACGGCGAUACUCAACAAAUGCCACGAUCAAGUGCCGGACUUUCAAGGCUCCAAGAUAGAUCCCCUGGCAACGCUCGGAGAUCACGGCUCGGCGGCUGACUUUGGGUUUUGGGGCCAAACUUUGUCGGCAUGGAGUGCUCUAAUUUUUGGCUUGCGCUUUCUCAUCGGUCUGAUCUGGUAUAGAUUUGAACAGCGCCUGACGGUAAUCCCCCAAGCUUAUUUGACACAGAUUCGCGAGGAGGCAAUUGAACAACUCACCAACACCAGCGUUAGCAGAGCUGCUACUGGUAAAGAUGCUCCAAGCGCGCAGACAACGAAAGAUGAGCUGUUUCUGAGUGAAGGCGAUGUGCUUCUUGCAUGGUGGACACGAAUGGCGCUUCAAGCUCACCGAGUCUCGCCUCGUCGCAAGAUCGGCAUCAUUGGCACAAUCGAUGUGAGAAGGCGCCUGCAGAAAUACUUCGGGUCCGGCCCCAAAAUAUUCUUUCUGGGGAAUGCAGCUCUUCCGCUAUAUGCUACCGCCUCUGUCGGUCUCUCUCUUGCCAGCGACGGGAUUAGCAUCUUGGCGGGCGAGAUCCGUCGCGCGAUUCUGAUACAGCGUGAGCCAGACCAUAUAGAAGCCCUGGCUAAGAUGAUAGGGGAGACCGGUCGUGUACCUCUCGUGGGUAGCGCAUCGAUGAAGAGCAUUUUCUAUACGAACUGGCACAAGGCGGGUUACUUUGACGUCGAUUUCUCGGGUGCCGUGGAUAUGGUUUUAGAAAGGAACCGCGUUGCAGUUACUGGAUGUGCAGAAUCGAUCAUUCCCAACAUCUUGAUGUCCGACGGUCAGCCGAUGAAGUUCACUGGCAUUGUGGUGGUGGGGCGCGACCCCAAAGGGGACUGGAUAGUUCAGAGCAUCAUGCAUCGGCAGGCGAUGAGAAGAUUCGAGGAACAGCUCCAGGGAUUGCAGCUGGACCGUUAA